AUGGGUCCUGCUGGUGAUCAUGAAAGAGUGGCCAUCAUGGCCAAGAAGAAGAAACUACCCACAUCUUUCCCACCACACACACGUUGGGCAGUGUGGGACACAACCGUGUUCAUAGAGGGCAUGGGUAGCUUGAGGUUCAUCCUGGUGUCCAAUGAGGCAGAGGUCCGGAAGGCUGGUGGCGGCCAGAACUUGAUGGUGGUCAACCAGGUGGCAGAGGAGGUGCAGAAGCAGGCCACCCCCCUUCUGAAGAGGGUUGUCCAUGGGUGGUUGAAAGAGCGCCCACAUCUAAAGCAAUAUACAACCAACGACAGCAUGCUCCUUUGCAGGCUGAAGGCCAUCAAAGCCAUACACAGCUCAACACCUUCAGUGAAGCUGGCAAGCUGCACAGCCAUGGCCAAAGCUUUGCGCCGGAGUGCAGAGCUUGCUCCGGUGGCUUCUGCAAUCAAGGAGCUUAAACUGAAGCGGCCGCCAUUGAGUGCCACAAGUCCAGAAAUGACACCUGUACAACUGGCCAAGGCCACUGCAUUCGAGCGGCUGCAGCCCCCAGGGAAGCGAUUUCUUUGCCGCGCAUGCGUUGACACACUUCGUUGCACGGUCGCGUUUCUGAUGGCUGCGUUGGGAACUGAAGCUAUGGAAACGGAUGGUGUGGCUCAAAACAACUUACACCACCACAAGUGGGAGUAGACAAAACACAUGCAUUCCUACCCACAAAAACACCACAAAAGCGUUUGUGUAAAAGAUGUUAAAAAGAGUCCCCCACGGCACCUCUCUCCAGCCCUCCACAGCUGGACGACCCUGCGCCCUCUGUCCCAUAUAAAGAAUCUAAACGUACCCCACAUCCCAUACCACAUUGCAUGCACCCGACGUGUAUAUCAUGCUUUGGACGUAUUGCAAAUGCAUCCCCCAUAACCCCGGCGUCGUCGAGACAUUCUGGCACAUUGGGAUAUUGUGGCCUCCAAGUGAAUCAGGGCGGCGUGUGGUGGCGUCACGUGGCGUGUUUGAAAAAACAACUGACCCC